AUGCGCAAUAUCUCGAAAUAUCGAUUUAGUUCCAUAUUUGAUUUAAGCAAUCGCAUUUCAAAUGAUGAGAUACAUGCACAACUUAAGAAUUAUGGGUAUCUAUUGGUGAAGGACAAAAGAAUUGAUUGGAAAGCAAAUGAGGAAUAUUUUGAUCUGAUGGAGGAGUAUUUUUAAAAAAGAGCUAUGCAAUUGGAAUAGACGGGAAAAGUUGAUGAUUGUUUUCCUCAAUAUAAAUAUUAAAUUGGAAUGGGAUAUGAAAAUAUUGGAAAGCCGAAUUAUGAUAAGGAGUCUUUGAAAUCUAUGAUAGAUCAGCCAAUCCUAAUUGAUAGAGAUCCUAAGUGGAAAUACUUUUGGCCUUAUAGGUAUGAUGGAUAAUACAAUCCUCCUUAAUGGGUUCCUAAAGAUUUCCCUAAUUUUGAAAGAAUUAUGAACUUAUGGUAAAUCUAAUUAUUAAGAACAACAGAAUCUGUAUUAGAAAUAUUGUCAUUGGCAUUCAAGGAAGAGAAGGACUUUUUUUACAAUAACAUGAACAAGGCCACUCACUUAUUGUCACCAAUAGGUUGUGAUUUGCAGAAACACUCAAUUAACACAAGAUUUUCAGGAUAUCAUUAUGAUUUGAACUUUAUCACUGUUCAUACUAAAUCACGAUUCCCAGGCUUGUUCGUAUGGUUGCCAAACGGGAAAAGAGUGGAAUUGAGAAUACCAGAAUAAACUGUUUUGUUAUAGCCAGGAAAGCUGUUUGAAUUAAUGACAGGAGGAGUCUACAAGGCAGGAUAUCACGAGGCUUUUUUGACAGAAGAGGCUAAGCGAGAGUCAAUUAAAUUAAAUAAGAGGUGGAGAGUGACUUCCACUUUGUUUUCAAUGCUUAAUGAUGAUACAAUAUUAUAGCCAUUGGAGUACUUUAAGGAGUUCAGUAAUUCCAAGUAAGUACCUAUUAGUGUAAGGGAUUAAUUUUAAAAGGAACUUAAUAAAUUGAGUUAUGUGUGA